AUGUACUUCCUUAUACUAGAUUUUUUUAAAAAAAUUACUUUGUUUCUUUCGUCUCUUAUUAUUGUAAAUAGGCUGAAACAAGUUUUAUCUCAUUUAUUAUCAAAUUCAAUUAAAUUUACCGACAAGGGUAAAGUCGUAGUGACAAUUUCAGUGCAAUUACAAAAUGUUAUUGAUGAAGACAAAGAUAAACCAGCUUAUGGCCAAACUACUAAAAAAGGAAAUUUGUUGAUUGAAUUAUAUGACACUGGCAUUGG